AUGUCUGAGAAAGGAGGGUUGAUGGAGCAGGACUUAAGCAAGCUGGAUGUAACACAGUUACAUCCACUCUCACCUGAAGUUAUUUCUCGUCAGGCUACAAUAAAUAUUGGCACUAUUGGUCACGUGGCACAUGGUAAAUCGACGCUGGUGAAAGCGAUAUCUGGCAUCCAGACAGUUCGUUUUAAAAAUGAACUUGAGCGGAACAUUACUAUUAAGCUUGGAUAUGCAAAUGCAAAGAUAUACAAAUGUGAAGAUGAACAGUGCCCUCGACCUAUGUGCUACAAGGCAUAUGGAAGUGCAACAGAAGAUAGUCCCUUCUGUGAUGUGCCUGGAUUCGAAAAGUGUAGGAUGAAACUACUCAGACAUAUAUCUUUUGUCGAUUGCCCGGGACACGACAUUCUCAUGGCUACUAUGCUCAAUGGUGCUGCAAUUAUGGAUGGAGCUUUACUUCUCAUAGCUGCCAAUGAGGAUUGCCCCCAACCUCAAACUGCCGAGCAUCUCGUUGCUGUUGAAAUUAUAGGACUUAAACAUAUUAUUAUCGUCCAAAAUAAAGUUGAUCUGGUUCCGCAACAUGUAUCCAUCCAUCAGAAGGAAGAGAUUCAAAAAUUUGUCCAGAGAACUGUUGCUGAAGGUGCACCGGUGGUUCCAAUUUCUGCUCAGCUGAAGUAUAAUGUUGACGUUGUGUGCGAGUAUAUUGUGAAAAAGAUACCUGUUCCGGAAAGGAAUUUUGUCUCACCGCCGCAUAUGAUUGUAAUCCGAUCCUUUGACGUCAACAAGCCUGGUUCCGAGGUUGAGGAAAUAAAAGGCGGUGUUGCUGGUGGAAGCAUCCUCAGGGGUGUUUUACAGGUGAAUCAGUUCAUUGAAAUUCGACCAGGGAUUAUACUAGAAGAUGAGCACAAAAAUAUCAAAUGCACCCCAAUAUAUACUAGAAUUGUAUCUUUGUUUGCUGAGCAAAAUGAGCUGCAGUUUGCAGUGCCAGGGGGUCUAAUUGGCGUUGGCACUACAAUGGAUCCUACGUUAACACGUGGUGAUAGGUUGGUUGGUCAGGUUCUUGGGGAGGUCGGAUCCCUGCCUGAAGUUUACACUGAACUGGAGGUUAAUUUCUUCCUCCUGUACCGACUUGUGGGUGUUAAGACAAAGGGCUCAGAGAAGCAGGGAAGGGUCUCAAAGCUGGUCAAGGGAGAGAUUUUGAUGUUGAAUAUAGGGUCCAUGUCAACGGGAGCUCGUAUAAUCGCUGUAAGGAAUGACAUGGCAAAGCUGCAACUUAGUAAACCAGUGUGUACCAGCCCAGGAGAGAAGGUUGCACUGAGCAGGCGGAUCGAGAAGCACUGGCGUCUCAUCGGUUGGGGUCAGAUUCAAGCUGGAACCACCCUUGAGCUUGAUGUCCCAGCAUUACCUUUCUGA